ACAAAUGGCCCUUGUGUCUACAGCAACCACCACAUUCCGUAAACCAUUCUCAAACCCCUUCCCUCUCUUCCUUAGCUCCUUCCCAAUUCCCUGCACCCGUUCCCACCCUUUCAUCUCCCUCUCCUCAGCGCUCCAUCCUCACCGUCCAUCCAUCUCCUUCCCCUCAAAUCCCCGUGCCCCGCAGCCCCGCCGUCCUUGCCACGCCGCUAGCCCUGGACCUCCCCCGGACUCCGACCCGCGUCCCCCGAAUGACCCGGUUUCUCUCACAGGACUUGCAGCAUCUUUAUCCAAAUUUCAAGAUAGAGUACAGAUCUUCUUUGCUGUUCUUUUCUGGAUGUCUCUAUUCUUCUGGGCUUCUGCAUGGGAUGGGAGAAGUAGACCAAACAAGGGAUCACGAUUUAGAAGAUAAUCUAGUAAGCUUUUAUCUUGUAUAUAAUAUCAGGUUAGGGGAAUAGCAUUACUAUAUACAUAAAGCAGGAAGCAUUUGAAUUAGGUAAAUGAUUUAAACAUGUUUUAGAUUAAUAUUUAUAAAUUUGAAAUGCUGUAUUUAUCAAAGUCAAUAUGAUAAUUGGGGGUGAGUGGGAAAGACCCCCUCUCUCCACCUUUGUAACCCCUUUCCCAUUUAUUGCUUAGGAAACAAAAUAACAAUUAGGUGAUGACU